CUUGCUUCAGAGAUUUAACCUGCUUAAAGUCAUCCUUCCAUUUCAGGCAGCAUACCUUAAAGAGGCUAAGGAAUCUGUUAAGAGUUCCAUUAUGUUGAUGAGAUUAUUCUUCCAUUUGGAUAAAUUGGUUACUUGUGAUCGGCCUUCUAGUUGCAUUCUGUGGAUUGGAUUGUUGGCUUUUCACUUGGCAUUAGUAAACAACCCUCAAGAGGCUCUUGUGAUUUGGGCAUUUGCUUCUACUCUGUACUAUGGAAACCGGGAGAAAGGUGUUAAAUUUGCUAAAGAACAUGCUCAAAUGCAUGUUAAUUUUGUACCGGAGAUCUCAGGGUCUUCUGAUUUUAAAUCAGAUGAAGAAAUUGCUGAAGGAGUUACUCUGUUAGCAUCUUUGGUGCAGGAUUCCAUAGAUGCGUUGACCAAUAGAGAUAGUCUUUUCGAAUCGUUGCGCAGAUACCCAACUUCUCCAUGCUCUGGUUUUGUAUUUAUUUCGAAGACAAAGGGGGAUGAUGUUGCUGAAAUUUUCCGAGUGCUCUUGAAAGAUAUUGAGUCCUAUAAUAGUGGAAAAAAUAAUUUCGAGAUUGAUUACCAAAAGCUUGGGAAGGGAUACGUGAACGAGACACGAUUUGUUCUUGGGAAGAUUAUUUUGGAAACUAUGAGUAGUGGUGUUGUUAAAGGAGGAAUUGAGGUUGUCAAGGUGGAGAAAACUCAGCUGCAGCCAGAUGUCAAUGAGGAGAGUUGUCAUCUGUCCCUUUCAGAUCUCAUGAAGCAUCAAGUGUUGAAAGAUAGAAAACAUGAACGUGGCCUAUCAACAUCUAAUCCUGAACUAAAGAAUGAGAUGGUGAAGAAACGGAAGUUUGUUGAGAAGAAAAGUAGUCUCUCCAAGCCGGAGGUGGCUAUAAUGAACCCAGAGAAAGUUGAGAUAGUGGAGUACCAGGAGAUGGGUAAGAAGCACCAGAAAAUAAUUGAGACAUGUCAAUCACCCCUGGAAGAAACAAAUAUGAAGCAGGGAAACGUGUUAGACGAUCAAACUUGCCAUUUACAGGAGCAUGAGGUUACUAUUGAAAUGCAAGAGGAUGUUGAGAACGAUAAGUGCGAGGCUAAUAGUAAGAGGCAUUUGAAGGUUGUAGAGAAGGGGGAGCGCCUGCUCUCACAGGAUAAGGUAACUAAGAAGCCUAAAGUAGUUGGCAGGAGUAAGAUCAAGCAGAAAAAGGUGCUAGAGAAGAAACAGUUACAGUUCGCACCUCCGAUGGUGGUCAGGGAAAAACAAGAUGAAGUAGUGGUUAAGGAGAAAGGCAGUCGACCUCUAUUGUCAAGCUUCUUCAAGUAAAUUCGUCAUUGUAAAAUCUCAACAAUUUUGGACAGGUGUAUGGAAACAUGCUUCUCAUUUACUUUUAAGGUUAUAAUCAUCAGAACUUUCAACUUUUUUUGGACGGAUUAACAAUUUUGAAAUUAUGAGUAGUAUCAACACUUGGUUUUGGGUAUAUGGAACUAAUGCCGUAAUGACUUAGAGAAAACGUUAGUCGCAUCUGCGUUAUCACUCUAAAAUUAGACUAGUACUAGUCCAGUAACAAUUGGUGCUCAUUAGAAUCACUUAUAAAACUUAGUCACCUAGUAAGGAACCAAUGUGAGGGACGUAACAC